UCGUUACGUCAGGAGGCGUCAAGCAGCGUGUGGUCAGUUGACUCUUCCCGGCCGGAGCUGGGCAACAGAUGUGAUCAUGGCGACAAAUUUACAAAGAAGCAUCGUUGCUCAAACUAAGAAACACACUGCGAGUGUGAUUUUCCUUCACGGCUCAGGUGAUACCGGGCAAGGUAUAAGAGAAUGGAUAAAAGAUGUACUGAAACAAGAUCUGAUUUUUCAACACAUACGUGUAAUUUAUCCAACAGCAUCUUUAAGAGCAUAUACACCUAUGAAUGGAACCCUGUCAAACGUGUGGUUUGACAGGUACAAAAUUUCCAAUAACUGUCCGGAACAUCUUGAAUCGAUGGAUUCAAUGUGCCAUACACUGGGUAGGUUGGUGGAUGAAGAGGUCAAAGCUGGAGUUGCAAAGGACAGAUUAAUCUUAGGGGGAUUUUCAAUGGGAGGGACUAUGGCUAUGCACUUAGCCUACAGAUUUCAUCAACAAGUAGCAGGAGUGUUUGCUUUAUCCAGUUUCUUGAAUAAAGAUUCUGUUGUCUACCAGGCUGUCCAGAAUACUAAAACCUCAAUGCCUGAAUUGUUCCAGUGUCAUGGAAAGAAUGACCAACUAGUUUUGUAUGAGUGGGGUAAAGAGAGCUGUUUGCAUUUACAGUCACUGGGAGUGAAAACCACUUUUAGUACUUUUCCUAGUCUCUAUCAUGAACUUUGUAAAUCAGAAUUGGAACAGCUGAAGUCAUGGAUUUUACAUAAACUACCUAAUGAUGAACAGUAAUGCUAUUCAUUCUGAAUAAAAUAGUGUUUCAUGUAUAUUUAAUGUACUUUGUAAUCCAUUUAUUAAGUAAUAAAAUUUGAAUAAAAAUGUCAUGGAUGCAUCUAUAAAUAGCUAUUCAUAAAAUAACUAAAAUAUGUUUUAAAGUCACAUUGUUAGAGUAUAGUGUUAUGUAUACUACUUUUUGCAUAAUGCACUUUUGAUUUAUUCUGUUGUAUGAAUAUACUUUGUUGUGUUAAACAGUUUACC